CUGAUUCUGCGUGUGAAGCCAAUAAACAACCGUUAGGCUAUUAGGCUAUAACCAGCGAGCUGAACACAUUUAUCGCUAUGGUCCCGGUCACAACCCGUUUGGAUAGCCUUAGUCUACCACUUGAGUCACAUUCCGCAGUCACAACUUCUUUAGAGCACGCGACACAGUGGUCCCGGUAGUAAACAGACGUGAUUAAUACCUCUUCAACCGGGUGGCUUCCCGCGCGACCUACUCCCGGUUCCGUUACUUAGUAGUCUACGGCACACAGUGGGGUUAUUGAGUAAAAGGAUAUGCGUGGUUACAGGGUGUAAAAAUAGUCCUCAGCUCUUACAUCAGUGGGCUAUGUGUAUUAUUGGGUACUCGUCCUGUCCACGUAACAACAACCUACUGGGUGUUCUUCACCCACACGGUGCACUGCACAGGGCGGUAGCCUAGGCGAAAGCCGUAGCCUUUUACUAUACUUUUCAAUGUAGGAAUAAUGAACAGCCUACAUAAGUUUGGAUAAUAAAUCCAGAUAGCAUCAGUAGAGUUCCGCCGCAUAAUGACCGAUUGUUGACCUUGGCGCGGCGCGGUGACAUGGAAGGGACAAAUACGCACAUCGCUGCAUGGGCUGGAGCUGCUGCUGGUUCAGCGUUGAGAGACACGGACACCGCCGGGGAAAUCGCCGGCUUCGGAUAAUUAUGCUGCUGCUGCUGCAACUACAACCGAAGGCACCGGUCAACCGAAGGCUGUCAUCAGUUUGUGUUUGUUUGUCUCUGCACGUUGAGAAAUGUGGAAUGCUGCGUUCGGAAAUGGGUCAGAUUUGCGUAGUGGAGGAGGCGGCGGCGGGUACGUGCCAGCGCAGGACUGGGAAUUCGUUCCCUGCUCGCUUCUGGAAAGAGAAAGAGAGAGGGACAGAGGGAAGAGUCGCAGCCCGUUCAGGACGUUCUCCUCCCCGCCAACAGUCACUCAGUUCUACGAACAGUCUCAUCCUGGAACGGUUGGAACAUCACCGGAGCUUCCACGGGGACAAGUUCGGGCGCAAGAGCCAGGGACUCAUCACUCCCGUCUGAAAAAGAAGUUUGAACACUUUAACAAACGCCACGGACAGGACAAGGAAGAAUGGAUACGAGAGAAGGAGAUACUUUUAAGACAAGUUGCUGAGAUACAAGGUGGGGAGAACAGAAGGAUUUUGUUGGAUCUGAAGACUGUAGUGGAGGAGGUGCAGAUAGAGGUGAAGAGAGAGGAGUCGAAGAGGUGCGAGCUACAGCUGCAGUACACUAAGGACAGAUGUGCCUGGGAACUGGAGAGAGCUGAGCUGAAAUGCAGAAUCGCACAGUUGGAGGCUAGAGGAGGUCCUGUCGUUGAGCUGGGGCUGAGAACUCAGAGUCCAGAGCCCAGGGAGAGUCCUCUACAGCGGGGGGACAGAGAGCAGCAGAGGAGGCUGCUGGUCGACACCCACACGGCCGCCAUGGACCUGCGCUGUCGGCUGGAGCUCAGCGAGAAGGGCUGGGUCCGAGAGAAGUCUGAACUGAUGGAGAGAUUCAACUCUGAGAGGAAGGAGUGGGAGAGCCAGCUGGGAGACAUGCAGAGGAAAAUAGAGGAGAUGUACAAGGAGGUGAAGGUGAGGCGCGAGGUAUCUGGGGAGAUGAGAGAACCUGUCGGAGAGAUUACAGAGGAAGUCACCCUGAAUGUCAGCGUACAUACCACCAGCACAGGAUCCAGCAUGCUUAGCGACAACUCGACUUCCGACCCCCAGAGCAGCAGCAGCAGCCAAUCAGAGCCCACCAACCAACGCGGCUCCUACCCCCGUCGUCACCGCAACGACGACUUCGCCGCCCACAGAAACCGGUCGGAUCACCGUGGCGACAGAGGAAACCCCCGUAACUAUGACGACUGUGUCGGUAACCAGGAAGUGGACAUGGCGGAACUGGAGGCCAUCCUGCGAGGGGUUGACAGAGACUCUCCCUCUAAAGGGGGUAUGGUUAAUGUCCGUCGCUCCUCCCACGGUGGAUCUAGUGUAGGAGUGACCCACAACACAGGGAUGAUCUCCGGGACAUGGAGUGACAAGAUGGAGAAUACUACAGCCCUCAAUGCCGCCCUGAAGGAGAUAGCCCGUGUGAGUGAAGAGCUGUGUAGCUACCAGGAUGAGAUCAGCAGGAAGUCCGGAGGGGACAAGAGGGGUCGAACCGAGUCCUCGUAUUUCCCCGAGGUGGAUCAUGUUACGACCAGAGAGAGAAUGGAGGACCCUGCCUUCAACCUGACGCAGCUGGUAGCUGACCUCAGGGCCCUGGAAGAGGAGAACUGGCUGUCCAUCAGGAAGGACCCCACCAGGGGCCCCAGUCACCGCAAGGACCCCGACAGGGGCCCCAGUCACCUCAAGGAGCCCGACAGGGGCCCCAGUCACCUCAAGGAGCCCGCCAGGGGCCCCAGUCACCUCAAGGAGCCCACCAGGGGCCCCAGUCACCUCAAGGACCCCGCCUGGGGCCCCAGUCACCUCAAGGACCCCACCAGGGGCCCCAGUCACCUCAAGGACCCCACAUCCAAGCCCUCUGAGAGGGAGAGAGAAGCACCUCCGCUCCCCCCUCUGCUGGUUCCUCCUCCUAUCCCUCCUCGGACAACAUCAUGGUACCUCGCCAGCCCCUCCCCUGAACUACAACUACACGUCCCAGAAUCCCUCAGUGGCUCAGGCAGGAAGUGCCACAGCCCCUGUCUCCUGUUAGACAGGAAGUGCAGCAGCAGCCCAUCGAUAGUGAGGAAGUUCGAGGCGAUGCUGCAGGAGAACGAGGGGAAAGUUCUGACGGAGGCGGGGUUUACCACCUGUGCUGUUCCCGUUAACUCCCGUUGCAACGUGGGCUGUUGCCACAACCGCUGGUCCUUCGGCAGCAGCAAGUCGUCCACCUACGUGCCUGUCCAGAAGAGCCUGUCUGAAGUCAACAUAGUGAGUGCUGCUGGGAAGGACUUGAUCCACGACUACAGGCCCAUUGAGAAACCUAGUCCUAGAAGUCCUAGAAGCCCUGAGAGAGAGAGUCAUAUACAACCUGGAAACAAAGACCUAACAGUUUCACACAUCUGUCUUGACCUUACCUUAGAGUUACCCCCUCCAGGCUCCAACCCUCCAGGCUCCAACCCUCCAGGCUCCAACCCUCCAGACUCCAACCCUUCAGGCCACAGUAGGAAUAUGAUGCUGGAACAGGCCACUGCUGAGUUUAACAGGACUCUCUUCCAGGCUGAGAUGGGUCGAGGGAUGGAGGACGAUGAUGUAGAGGACAGUUUUACAUCAGCGGGUGUCUCUAAAAGGGGCAUACCAGACGGUACGACGGUAUGUGGCGAGGUCACACACGGGGUCGACAGGGAGACGAACUUUGACCUCCCGCCGCGGCACGCCACAGAGGUCAGACAGAAGGAGGUAAUCUGUGACAUCACAGCUCAGAAGCUGAGUUCAGGGAUCAAACUGAGCCAGGCCCUGCCCCCAACUGACACUCAUCCAGGGGUCACCGUCAGGACCUUUGACCCCCCUGCCACCUCUGACCUUUCACCCCAACGCCCAGAAGUUGCGUUUAGGAACAUGCCUUCUAACCCGGCAACACGCUGCCCUGAGGUCAAACACAAAGCUGGACCCCCCAACAGCCUGUCUAAGCCCACACUGCACAGGUCCAUCUCUAGUGAAUACAAGCAGCCUGCCCAGACUACACACACGGCUCCAGGACCAGAGGUGAGUGCCAGUCCUAAGAGGGACAUCACGGCCCAAGGAGCGAGGCCUCAUUCCGUUAAGUCAUGCCCAGCGCCCCAGCCUCCUACAAACCUCAGGCCGAAGCAGGUUGGGCAACCUGGGUGUCGCUCAACCACAACGCAGGACAUCCUUAAAGCUGGAUCUGUGGGGUCAGGACUCCGUGUGCCUGGGGGGUCAGGACUGCGUGUGCCUGGGGGGUCAGGACUCCGUGGUGUAAUGAGCGACCAGCCCUGGAAGCCCUUGACUCUGGCUGCGUUACGUCCAUCUGACUCCAGGUCUAAUUACGGAGCUGUGGAGAGGAUCCUGAAGAGCUAUGAGAACACUGCCUGGAGCCAGCGGUACCAGAACCAUACCCAACCCACUGAGUCCAGCCCUAACCCUGGUCUCAGUCCCAGCCCUAACCCUGGUCUCAGCCCCAGCCCUAACCCUGGUCUCAGCCCCAGCCCUAACCCUGGUCUCAGCCCCAGCCCUAACCCUGGUCUCAGCCCCAGCCCUAACCCUGGUCUCAGCCCCAGCCCUAACCCUGGACCCAGCCCUAACCCUGGUCUCAGCCCCAGCCCUAACCCUGGUCUCAGCCCCAGCCCUAACCCUGGUCUCAACCCCCGUCUCAGCCCCAGCCCUAACCCUGGACCCAGCCCCCGUCUCAGCCCCAGACCAAACCCUGGUCUCAGCCCUAGCCCUAACCCUGGUCCCAGCCCCAGCCCUAACCCUGGUCCCAGCCCCAGACAGGAAGAGGAACUCAUGGAUCUUCUGGAGGAGAUGAUGGACAAGGAUUACUGGGAUCAGUCAGGCCCUGCCUCUGGACACUCCUCCCACACACACUCUCACCACAGCCAGCUGACCAGCUCCCACAGAGAGACAAGGCUAACCAUGCAGGAGUGUAAAGUAUCUUCCAGCUCCUCUUCAGUCCAGAAGAAUUUCUCUCGUCCGGCCUGUCCAGCCAACCGCCGCCCCCCGUCACGCUGGGCUAGUUGUUCCCCCUCCACCUCUUCCUCCUCCUCCUCCUCCUCCACCCCUAUAAACCAGCCCUCUUCCGGCUCCGCCCACAAACACACCUCAUUCUCCUACUCAGCCUAUCACACGGAGACAGUCAUCAUCUGACCCCCAGCUGACCCUGUGUCUGAACCAAUAAGAUGCCUUUCGUUACUGUACGUACUCUGACAUUUCUGACAUCCUUCCUUGAUUCCUUCACAUCGAAGGUACGAGUCGGGUGGGGGUGGGGGGUUGGGGGGGGAUGGGGGGGACCUUUUCCUCCACCGCCUCUAUACGUACCGAGACUGUUACUUCUACAACCAAUCAGACGAUCCAAGAGCUUCAGCUGUGGACCAACGUGGAGUUGGUUCACCGAUCAUCUUCAGAAUGUAAUCUCAUCGACUAGCGGAGGAGACGUUUCAUGUAUUCUACUAUAGCAACUCCAGGAUCCCCAAUGCUGACUGUACCUCUGUGGCUUAAUGUGCAUCCCAAAUGGCACCCUAUUCCCUAUAUAGUGCGCACUAUUUUAGACCAGAGCCCAUAGUGCCAUAGGGGGCUUUUUGGUCAAAAGUAGUGCACUAAAUAGGGAAUAGGGUGCCAUUUAGGAGGCUAAUAUAUUCAACGCCUUUCAUUUCACAUACUCUCUUUAACUUGACAUGUUGCAUAAUAAUUACAGUAUUACAGAAUAAAUGUUCGUUAUUCUUUACCUUUCUGAUAUCAGAUGGAUUACAUAAAACGGGCCUGUUUCUUCAUAUUUACCAAAGGUGUCGUCUACAGCUUCUCUUCUCUCUAUAAAAAAAAAAAAGGACUGAUGAGUUUCUAUGCUUUUAUUUGAUUGGACAUCGCCGGCUGUUGUCGGGCAGGAUAGCCGACUAGCUCCUUGUGUGUUAGCGCUUCCUGUUUGUUGGGGGGGGCCAUGCUUAAAGGGGCAAUCUGCAGUUCAUACAAAAAAAACACUUUACUAAUAGCAGAAUGACCCCUUUUUUUUAAAUAUAUUUUUAAAUUUUAUUUUUAACUUGAUGAAAUGGACAACAAACCCUUUCUACUGGUGGUCUCUGUAACCGAUGGUUACCUACCCGGCCCUAUUGACUAAUACCACAGUCUGUUGAAUCGACGUGGUCGUGACCUCGUGGUCUCUGUAACCGAUGGUUACCUACCCGGCCCUAUUGACUACAGUCUGUUGAGUCGAUGUGGUGGUGACCUCGUGACCUCGUGGUCUCUGUAACCGAUGGUUACCUACCCGGCCCUAUUGACUAAUACCACAGUCUGUUGAAUCGACGUGGUGGUGACCUCGUGACCUUGUGGUCUCUGUAACCGAUGGUUACCUACCCGGCCCUAUUGACUAAUACCACAGUCUGUUGAAUCGACGUGGUGGUGACCUCGUGACCUUGUGGUCUCUGUAACCGAUGGUUACCUACCCGGCCCUAUUGACUAAUACCACAGUCUGUUGAAUCGACGUGGUGGUGACCUCGUGACCUCGUGGUCUCUGUAACCGAUGGUUACCUACCCGGCCCUAUUGACUACAGUCUGUUGAGUCGAUGUGGUGGUGACCUCGUGACCUCGUGACCUCGUGUCUAUAUCAUGAACGUGAUGCCUUUGCUGUUUUUAAUUUGUGUAAUAAAUGUAGCUACAUAUUUACCGUCUA